CAGAAGUAGACCAGUGUCCAUGGGAAAGCAGGGAAAAAACAACUGUGUGUUAGAGCAAUACUGAACAAACACAGAGAGAGUAAUAGUAUGUGACUUGUAUUAACUCUAUGAACUGCCGUGGAAAUUGGAUGGAUAUAUUUUGGAAAGCAUGGAUUUUUUAGCAUUGUUUGUUCUCUCCGUUUCCAGACUUCUGAUUUCAGAGGGAGUAGAAGCUGUCAGAGACCUGAUCCUGGUGAAUUCACUUCCAUUAAUUUCAAAUUCUGAUACAUCUAUGAUUUGCAUUGCACCUGAAUGGAGUUCUCCGGAGACCAUUACUAUCGUAAGAGACUUUGACGCCAUUGUAAAUAAACAUCAAGUUCCUUUGGAAGUUACACAGGAUGAAACCAGGAGAUCAGCAAAGAAAGUGUUGUGGAAAAAAGAGAAGACAGGUGAUGCUAUUGGAGCCUAUUACUGUGAAUGGAAAUCUCGAGACACAGUAACAAGGAUACGGACAUUGAAAAUGUCAGCACAAGCAUCUUUUAUCCCAACCUCCCUGACUAUCACUGGAAGCAUAGGAGAGAAUGUUACGCUCAGUUUUGUGAAAAAGGUCCAAAAUGAUGAAGAUGCACUAUUCUUCAAGAACAAUUCCUUCUUUCACUCUGUACCAAAGCAUGAAGUGUCACGACUCUUGGAGCACACAAUAACAAACGUUCAGCCCAAGGAUGCCAGUGUCUACUUAGUACGUUACAUUGGAGGAAACCACUUUAAUACCGCUACCACCAGGCUCAUUGUCAGAAGAUGUGGACCUCAGAAGUGGGGACCACAAUGCAACAGAACCUGUCCAGAAUGCCAUAACAGUGGUAUCUGUCACGAGGACACUGGGGAAUGCAUCUGUCCUCCAGGCUUCAUGGGGACAACAUGUGAGAUGGCAUGUGGUGAGCACAGGUUUGGCACAACCUGUAAAGAGAGCUGUGGAGAAAAAGAAACCUGCAAGUCCCACAUGUUCUGCCUAAUGGAUCCAUACGGCUGCUCUUGUGCCUCUGGCUGGAAAGGACUCACAUGUGAUGAAGUUUGUCCAGAUGGGUUUUAUGGACCUGACUGCAAGCUGAAGUGUCUCUGUCAAAGAGGGAUGUGUGAUAGAUUCAAAGGGUGCAUUUGUCCUCAAGGAUGGCGUGGGCUGCAAUGUGAAUACGAAGGUCUGCCAUACAUCCCACCGCAGAUAAAUGAAAUGGAAACAACUUUAGAGUUGAAUUCUGGGAUUGAUUUUAAGCCAACCUGUAGGGUCAGUGGCUACCCGGUGCCGUCUGCACAAGAAUUCCUUCUUUUCAAAGAAGAUGGCACCAUGUUUCAGGCAGUGUCAGCAGCUGCAAGGGAUCAGCAAACCGUUGCUCAGUUUUCAGUAGGAAAAAUUCUACCUAGAGAUUCAGGUCUAUGGAUUUACAACGUGAAGACUGCAGCAGGAAUGACUGAGAAGUAUGUGUAUAUCUCAGUGAAAGUUGCACCAUAUCCUCAGUAUGGUCCAAAGUUUAAUAAAACUGGACCCAACUAUCUUAAUAUACAUGUGAACACUGAAUCUUAUGGAGGAGAUGGUCCGAUUAUAGCAACCACUGUAUUGUAUAAGCCAUCUAAGAAAUCGACUGGAUGGAGUAGCUUAAAUGCAACAGACAAAAUUGUAAGACUUGAAAAUUUGGAACCAAAAACUGAAUAUAAGGUUUGUGUUCAGUUAAAACGUAAAGGAGAAGGAGGUGUUGGGCAUCCAGGCCCAGAAGCUAUCUUCACCACAGAGGCAUUUGGUCUUCCUCCCCCCAAAGCUAUUACGCUGACACCUAACAAUCAGACAUCUCUGAAUAUGACUUGGUUGCCUAACUGGGAAGGUUCUGAAGAAGAGCAUGUGUAUGAAGUGGAAUGCUCCUAUGACCCUACUGCUGAAGUGACGCUAUAUAAAACCUCAAGGAAUAAAUCUGGAAUGAUUAUAGGCAAUCUCAAGCCAAAGACAUUGUACAGGUGCAGAGUGCGGGUGAACACCAAGUCUCAGGGAGAAUGGAGCCAGCCGAUAUUAUCAUGGACAUACAGUGACCAAGUUCCACCACCACCUGCAAACAUCAGCAUAUUUAACAUCACAGACUCAUCAGCCAUUGUCAGCUGGUCGGUUCAGGAAGGUCACUCAAUCUCAACCGUCAUUAUCCGUUACAAAAUAUUUGGAGACACUAAGUACAAUCAUGACAUAUGGAUCAGGAAUAUUACCAUCGUUCAGUACCAGCUAAAGGGCCUUGAAGCCAAUACACCAUAUCUGAUUGAGCUAUGCACAGAAAACAAUUUUGGGCAGAGCGUUCACAAUGUACGAGAUGUAAAAACCCGUCAGCCAAUCAGAACUAAUGAUGCAAAAGACAGCAACAUGCUCCUUAUUGCUAUAUUAGGCUCAGCGGGUAUGACCUGUCUGACAAUAUUACUGGCAUUUCUUAUAAUGCUGCAACUGAAGCGUGCCAACUUCCAACAAAGAAUGGCACAGGCCUUCCAGAAUGGAGUGAGAGAAGAGCCAGUAGUGCAGUUUAAUGCUGGGUCACUGAACCACUUAAGGAAAGCCAAGAACAGCCCGGACCCUGUGGAGUACCCCGUCUUGGAAUGGAAUGAUAUUAAGUUUCAAGAUGUGAUCGGAGAGGGGAAUUUUGGGCAAGUUCUUAAAGCACGCAUCAAGAAGGAUGGUCUACGGAUGGAUGCGGCCAUCAAAAGAAUGAAAGAAUAUGCAUCAAAAGAUGACCACAGGGACUUUGCCGGAGAGCUGGAAGUCCUCUGUAAACUGGGCAGUCACCCGAAUAUUAUAAAUCUCCUGGGAGCCUGUGAGCAUCGAGGCUACUUGUACUUGGCUAUCGAGUAUGCUCCCCAUGGUAACUUGCUGGACUUUCUGAGAAAAAGCAGAGUCCUGGAGACAGACCCGGCAUUUGCUAUAGCCAACAGCACCGCCUCAACCUUGACAUCUCAGCAGCUUCUGCAGUUUGCAGCAGAUGUGGCUCGAGGCAUGGAUUACCUGAGCCAGAAACAGUUCAUACAUCGGGAUCUAGCAGCCAGAAAUAUUUUGGUCGGAGAAAACUAUCUUGCAAAGAUUGCAGAUUUUGGUUUAUCAAGAGGGCAAGAGGUUUAUGUAAAAAAGACAAUGGGAAGGCUUCCAGUUCGAUGGAUGGCAAUUGAGUCUUUGAACUACAGUGUUUAUACAUCAAACAGUGAUGUAUGGUCAUUUGGAGUUUUAUUAUGGGAAAUUGUGAGUUUGGGUGGGACUCCGUAUUGUGGUAUGACAUGUGCAGAACUGUAUGAGAAGCUACCACAAGGGUACAGACUUGAAAAACCUCUCAACUGCGAUGAUGAGGUGUAUGACCUUAUGUGUCAGUGUUGGCGUGAGAAGCCAUAUGAAAGACCAUCAUUUUCCAAAAUACUGGUGUCUCUGACACGAAUGCUCGAGGAGAGAAAGACCUAUGUAAAUACAACACUUUAUGAAAAGUUUGCCUAUGCUGGCAUUGACUGUUCGGCUGAAGAAGCUGCAUAAGAUUUUGUGCGUUUCUCCAGGAAGACAAAUUAUGGGUGUGCAAUAACAUUUUGUUCAAGAAUGUCUAUAAUCUGUAGAAUACAGAGUUUUUGUACUACAUAUGUAAAUGUUUAAAGAACUAUGUAAAUACCAUUUCUUCUUUAAGGUAGAAUUGCCAAACUUUUGAAAGCUACAGUAAUUUCCUCAAUGGUAAAUGUUUUAUGAGUGAAAACUUGUAUUAACAUUUUGAUAACUGCCUUUAUUUUUGUUACUGUAACACACUUUUAUGUAUGAUUAUUAAAACCGCAAA